GUUCAGAGUUGCAUCUGGAAGCGUCUUCGGUUCAGCAGAGCAGUUUGUUCGUUAGCCAGCAGGGGGCGCUGCUGAGAACCUGCAACAGUAACCAUGGCAACAGUGGCCGACUCCCACUCAGUAUUAUCUCCACCAACACGCUUCGGCGCAGCAGCACCGCCAUCCACAGCUCCGGCAGCAGCAUGGCUCCCCUGCGUCUGAAGGCCUCACCCGGCACGCCGCCUCAGCCCCUCAACCAGACAGGCUGUGAAAAUGACACGCUCAUACUCUACCACGCCACGCCAGAUCACGCAGAUCCCACGACGGACAUCUGGACAGUCAUCAAGCCCGGACAUGUCCGGGAGAAGAUCGCCAUGUUUGCCGCAGAGGGGCAGAGGGUGGAAGGCGUGCCCGCCAGCAGCUCUGUCAGCCGGGACAAGACGCCGUCAGUGUCUCAGAGCUCCUCCCUGACAGGCCUGAUCAGGGCCGUGAAGGCGAAGGGGAGCUGGGAGGAGAACAGCAGCGCCAAACGGCGUCGCAGGUCCGGUAACAUCCAGAACCACAGGGACCGAGUCGUGGAUGCUCAGCAGCUCGCCAGUGUGGUUUCACUGUCAGUCUCUCAGCAGUCAGGCGAUGACAAGCGGCGUGUAGGACAGGAAGUAUCAGCCAACGAUGACAGGGAGAAGGAGGGGGGCGGGCAGAAGGUGUCAGUGGUGGAGAUGGUGGCGUUCCUGGAGCAAAGAGCCAAUGAACAGCAACCAAACUCUAAGCCUGUACUCCCCCUCCAGAGAAGCUCCGCCUCCAUUACUCUGUCCAGAGUCCCGCCCCUCGAGCGCAGGGAGAACACGGAGGCUCAGGGCGAGCAGACGACGGAGAGCGUGAAGGUGUCGGACAUGGUCGCCAAACUGGAGUCCAAGUGUCUGAGGAGGAGGACGGAGGAGGGGCUGUCCCGGAACAACAGCCUGAGGAGGACAGAGAGCGGCCAAUCACAGAGCAGCAACCUGAGGACGGACGACAGCCAAUCACAGAGCAGCAACCAGGGAACAAAAGAAGGCGGUCUCUCUCGGAGCAGCAGCCUGACGAGGACCGUGGGCCGAGUCCUGCUGGUCACCACGGAGCGGCGCUCUGGUUCCUGUCAGCCCGCCUCAUCGUUGGUCAGGGCCCCUCCCCCAUCGUCAUCAUCGACAGACAGAGAGCCAAUCAGCUGCUCUGAAACACCUGCCCUUUCUCUAACUGCCACGCCCCCUUCAGGUGAGGCAGAAUCAGCCAUUCCUGUCAGUCAGAGAGAAGCCCCGCCCUUCACACAGCCUCAGUGUGAAGGGGCGGAGCCUCUGCCCGGACUGUUAUUUUUGCCUCCCAAAAGGAUCCUCCCUCUUUCAGACCACGCCCCUCCCCUCUCAGGUUACCGUCACUCUGACUGCAGAUCCACCUGUAAGCUGAAGCCCCGCCCCCCUGGUCCCAGCUCGGACUCUGACAGCCAAUCAGAGGAGGUCAAACGGGCCGAUCAGGAGCAUGUUGGAGGUUCGGUUCCCUGCUGGGCUCCUCCUCUGGGGCGCAGUGCGUCGGCGUCUCAGGACUUCCUGUUGAUCCGUCAGCGCCUGCAGCAGCUGCUGGAGCCUCAGCCGUACCUGUCCGUUCUGCCGCAUCACCUGCUGGUCAAAAUCUUCCUGCUGCUGCCGACGCAGAGCCUCGCCGCGCUCAAGUGCACCUGCCACUACUUCGCCUUCAUCAUCGACACGUACGGCGUGCGGCCCGCCGACUCGCUCUGGGUGUCGGACCCUCGUUACCGUGACGACCCCUGUAAACAAUGCAAGAAACGUUACGGGCGCGGCGACGUGUCGCUGUGCCGCUGGCACCACAAACCGUACUGUCAGGCGCUGCCGUACGGCCCCGGGUACUGGAUGUGUUGUCACGGCGCCCGCAGGGACACUCCGGGCUGCAACGUCGGUCUCCAUGACAACCGCUGGGUGCCAGUGUUUCACAGCAUCAAUGUGCCGAUCUACAGGCGCGGUCGCCAUGACAACUGAAACUGUGUGUCUUUGUGAGUGCGUGUGUUUGACGCAGCAGCACGUCACCGUUUCAACAGAAGAAGAAGAUUCAAAUGAAACUUUAUCGAUAUCGUUAACAGCUGCAGUGUGGACAGGUGUGUGUAAAGGUGUGUGUUAACCUAAGUGUGUGUGUGUGUUUGUGUGUGUGUGUGUGUGUGUGUUUGCUGCCUCUCAGUGUUGCGCCCCCUGCUGCUCAGCCUCCAGCUCGUCUGUGUGUGUCAGGUGAGAUCAGAGCCAAUCAGAGUUCAGAGAGUCAGACGCUGAGUCAGCAAGUUUGGGGGCGUGGCCUGUGCGUCAGUAAUGAUGGGCUGUAUCUGAGUUGUGAGGGGGCGGAGCCUCGGGGGCGUGGCCUGUGUGUCAGUAAUGAUGGGCUGUAUCUGAGCUGCACCUUGCUUGUGUUUACACGUGUACAGAAAAGAGUUUAUGGGAGGGGUCUAAUCCUCGACAGUGAAAAUCAUUUAUUCUGGGGGCGGGGCAAUAAGACGGAGGACAAGAGAAAAAAAGGACCUCCUUCUUCUUCUUCUUCUUCAGGGUUUUUAAGGAGUGAUGAUGUUUGUCUGUCGGUCUUUAAUAAAGUGCUUUAUCUCA